UCAGUGCUGCAUGCACACCUGACAGGCAGCUGUUAAGUCAGGCAAAGGCGAGCUUGGGGAGUUACAGGGUAUGCAUAAAUGAUAGGGGUAUCUGUGCAGAAGGUACAAAAGAGGCUCUGGCCCCCUCCCCAAAGCCCCCCUCCCCAAAUGAAAUGCAUGGUGCAGCUAGCUUAACUACACUACACUCCUGCUACUGGCUGCCAAGAGGCUCAAAAAAAUCCACCUUCACUUUUCAGUCAGAAGAGGCAGAAGUGGAUGUGAGAGACAGAGACACUCAGAAACACACAGAACGAAAGAGGGCAAGAGACUUGACUUUAAGAGACUCCUGCACUGACAACUCCAUGCAGUUCGGAACAAGAACAGCAACGACCGAAUCUGGUUUCAUGGGGACAUGGCAGAACACUGACACGAACCUCUUAUUCAGAAUGUCCCAGCAGGCUAUACGCUGCACACUGGUAAAUUGUACAUGUGAAUGUUUCCAACCAGGGAAGAUAAAUCUGAGAACCUGUGAUCAGUGUAAACAUGGCUGGGUUGCGCAUGCUUUGGACAAGCUUAGCACUCAGCACCUAUACCAUCCAACACAAGUGGAGAUUGUACAAUCCAAUGUGGUGUUUGACAUCAGCAGCUUAAUGCUCUAUGGUACACAGGCUGUGCCAGUGAGACUGAAGAUACUGCUAGAUCGUCUCUUCAGUGUAUUGAAACAAGAAGAAGUACUGCACAUCCUGCAUGGUUUGGGCUGGACGCUCCGGGACUAUGUUCGAGGUUACAUCCUUCAGGAUGCUGCAGGCAAAGUGCUGGACCGCUGGGCCAUCAUGUCCAGGGAAGAAGAGAUCAUUACCCUUCAGCAGUUUCUCAGGUUUGGAGAAACCAAAUCCAUUGUGGAGCUAAUGGCAAUUCAAGAAAAAGAGGGGCAGGCAGUGGCUGUGCCAUCUUCAAAGACAGACUCAGAUAUAAGGACUUUUAUUGAAAGCAAUAAUCGAACCAGGAGCCCCAGUCUCCUUGCUCACCUGGAGAAUAGUAACCCUUCCAGCAUUCACCAUUUUGAAAACAUCCCCAACAGCCUAGCAUUCCUUCUUCCAUUUCAGUACAUAAAUCCAGUUUCUGCUCCUCUGCUGGGCCUGCCUCCAAAUGGUCUCCUCCUGGAACAGCCAGCACUGAGGUUGCGGGAACCAAGCCUUUCAACCCAGAAUGAAUAUAAUGAAAGCAGCGAAUCUGAGGUUUCCCCAGCACCCUUCAAGAACGAACAGGCAUCCAGCCGAAAUGCCUUGACCAGUAUCACAAAUGUAGAGCCCAAAACUGAGCCAGCUUCCGUGUCCCCCGUUCAGACAUCUACUCCUGUCAACGAUCUCUCCAAAUCUGAACAUACCAAAAGUUCUUUCAGAAUUCACAGAAUGAGGAGGAUGGGAUCAGCAUCACGGAAAGGGAGAGUCUUUUGCAAUGCGUGUGGCAAAACCUUUUAUGACAAAGGGACACUUAAAAUCCACUACAAUGCUGUCCAUCUGAAGAUUAAACAUAGAUGCACUAUUGAAGGUUGUAAUAUGGUCUUCAGCUCACUUAGAAGUCGCAACCGUCACAGUGCUAACCCCAACCCCCGGCUUCAUAUGCCCAUGCUGAGGAACAAUCGAGACAAGGAUCUGAUCCGUGCCACAUCAGGUGCUGCAACCCCUGUUAUAGCAAGUACAAAAUCCAACCUAACAUUAACGAGUCCUGGACGACCUCCAAUGGGUUUUACCACUCCCCCACUAGAUCCUGUGCUGCAAAAUCCUCUGCCUAGCCAACUUGUAUUCCCAGCUUUAAAGACCGUACAGCCUGUUCCUCCUUUUUAUAGAAGUUUACUUACGUCUGGUGAGAUGGUGAGUCCUCCAACCUCAUUACCUACUAGUCCCUUGAUGCCAGCAACUGGUACAGUAGAGCAGCCUCCUCUUCCUCCUUCAGAAUUGGCAUUACCUGCAGUAAUGAUGCCUGCCCAAGAAGUGAAUGCUGACCUUGCCCCUAAGAAGAAACCAAGAAAAUCGAGCAUGCCUGUGAAAAUAGAAAAAGAAGUCAUUGAUACAGCUGAUGAGUUUGAUGAUGAAGAUGAGGAGGUUAAUGAUAACAGAAGUGUGGCCAAUGAUGGAAGCCAUGAUAAUCAUUGCCAUUCUCAGGAAGAGAUGAGCCCUGGGUUGUCUGUGAAAGACUUCUCAAAAAAUGGGAGAAACAGGUGCAUCUCAAGGACAGAGUUAAGAAGGGCAGAUAGUAUGACAUCAGAAGACCAAGACCAUGAAAGGGACUAUGAAAAUGAGUCAGAAUUCUCAGAGCCAAAACUGUGUGAGGAAUCAAUGGAAGGGGAUGAACAUACAAUGCAUGAAAGAAGCAACUCUAUGAUGAAUCAUGACCGGCCUGAUGAAAACCACAAUGAUGUUGUCCACCACAAUGAAGUUAAGGUUAAGGAGGAAUUUGCGGACCCUACAUAUGAGAUGUUUUACAUGAACCAAUAUGGACUGUACAAUGGAGGCAGUGCCAGUAUGGCUGCUCUCCAUGAAAGCUUCACUUCAUCCUUCAGCUAUAAUAGCCCUCAGAAAUUCUCCCCUGAGGGUGAUUUGUGUUCAAGCCCAGACCCCAAGAUCUGCUACGUGUGCAAGAAGAGUUUCAAGAGUUCCUAUAGUGUGAAGCUCCACUAUAGGAAUGUUCAUUUAAAGGAGAUGCAUGUCUGCACAGUAGCUGGCUGCAACGCUGCCUUUCCCUCACGAAGAAGCAGAGACAGACACAGUGCUAACAUAAACCUGCACCGUAAACUGUUGACCAAAGAACUGGAUGACAUGGGACUGGAUUCUUCUCAGCCCUCACUUAGUAAGGAUCUCCGUGAUGAAUUUUUGAUGAAGAUAUAUGGUACCCCACAUCAGAUGGGGUUUGAUAUAAGGGAAGACACAUCCUCCCCAGCUGGUACUGAGGACUCCCAUCUGAAUGGGUAUGGAAGGGGCAUAUCUGAAGAAUACAUGGUGUUGGACCUGAGUACCACCUCCAGCAUCCAAUCUAGCAGUAGCAUCCAUUCCUCAAGAGAAUCUGAUGCGGGAAGUGAUGAGGGGAUUCUUCUUGAUGAUGUCGAUGGGGCGAGUGACAGCGGGGAAUCCUCACAUAAAGCUGAUGCCCCUGCCUUAGGGGUUGGCAUGGGUGCUGACAUCCCAGGAUCCCUCUUGUUUAACAGCGUUACUGUGAGCAAUGGGGGGAUCAUGUGUAACAUUUGCCAUAAAAUGUACAGCAACAAGGGGACCCUCAGGGUGCAUUACAAGACUGUGCACUUGCGUGAAAUGCACAAGUGCAAAAUCCCAGGGUGCAACAUGAUGUUUUCGUCAGUCCGCAGCCGGAAUCGGCACAGUCAGAACCCUAACCUGCAUAAAAACAUUCCAUUCACUUCACUUGAUUAGUUCAAAGGUGGACAUGGUAAUGCGCCAGCUCUGCCAGAGAGACUUGCUUCUUUGAACAGCC